GGCUACAGCAGGGCCCUGGCUACAGUAGGCUAAAGUAUCUGUAGCUAUCGGACUGGUCAGGAAAAACAGGUUUGUUAGAAAAUGGAUGCCAGGCCAGGACCCUCGGGUUGUCAACACUCUAAUGAGAUAGAUAUCCAUAACAACUUAAAGAAUCACCUUUAUGAGUGGCUGAACAAUGAUCAGCUCAAACAGUUGAUAGAACAAUUCAGAGAAAACCCGUUGUCUAAGAGAGAGAUUCAACUUCGCAUUACUGAUGUAUUUGAUCUCUUUGACUGUCUUAUGGAACAUGAGACAAUAGCUGUGGGGGAUUAUAAAGCUUUGGUUCAAAAAUUGAAGCGCAUUCACCGACGGCUAGCUACACAUGUGGAGAAUGAAGAAAAGAAAAUCAGGGAUAUCCAGAAUGGAGGUCCAUCACCAGUUAAACUUGCAGGUCCAUCACCAGUUAAACUACGAAGGACAGGUAAAAGCCAACAACAUCCUGCAGGCAAUCCCUCCAUCAUUGAUGUCCCUACAGCCAACACAAGCCAUGCCCUAAAGAUCCAUCCCAACUUACAGCCAAUGAUAGAUACCACCAAGGCCAGGGUCACAGAAGAAAUAAAGAAAAGCUUCAUUGACACUCAGGCUUUCCGUGAUGGAAAAGAAAAGCUGCAAAAGAACAGGAUUGCAGUUCUCAAGGGAAACACAGGAGACGGUAAAACUUCCACCGCCAUUCAACUCCUUCACUGGCUGAGUCAGGAACAACAUAACAGACAACCAGUUCAACUUCACAACAUCAAAGACUUAGAUUUAUUGGCUCCAUCUUCGAAAACUGUUAUUUUUAUUGAUGAUAUUUUUGGGGAGAAAGAUUUGCGUAAGAAAGAGGUACAAGAGUGGAACAAAAGAGUCAACUCUGUAAUUCCUAGACUUUGUGGGGAUGACCAAACCGAGGCUAAUUUUAUCCUCAUCACUGUCAGAAAUGAAAUAUUUAAUUCUUUGAAAACCCAUUCCUUGGCAGAUGUUUUCACUGAUGUCAAUAUUGUUGAUCUGAGUGCUGAUACAUAUAAAGUGACUGAAGAAAAAAACAAACUUUUAGAGCUAUAUAAGCCAAGUGAGUUUUCAUGGGAAAAGGAAGAAAAGGAGGAAAUUGUUAAAUGUGCCCCUAAUAUUGGGUUCCCACAGUGUUGUCGGAUUUUUAGAGAUGUUCCUGAAGUACAGAAAGAGAGAGUCAAAUUCUUUCAAAGCCCUUUCAUUUUUUCAAAUCAGCAUUGUCAAGAUUAGGGGAAUGUCC